AAAGAGAGGACGCUGAGGACGCGCAGGUUCACCAACCGACUCAUCAUCAUGGCCGGAUCUCGCAGGAUCUCUUCCGUGCUGGUCCUUUCGCUGCUGCUCUUCAACCCUGCUGUGUUCAUUCAUGGCGACCGGCCCAAGGCCGCAUCGUCCUUCCUGCACAGACGCGGCAACGCACAGCAGCGCGACAGCACCACCAAUGGGGAGAGGGACAAGGAGGUCACCGAAUGAAAUUCAAUCAAUGCAUUCAUCUCAUAUGCUGUGGCUUGUGUGUCUGUGUGUUAGGGCGCUGCUGCCGACGAGGGUACAGUGGACGAUGUGGCGGCUGAGUGCGGCAUGUCGCUGGAAGAGAUUGAGGCGUCUUACUGGCAUGGCUAUCACUACGACAGACAGGUGAGCACACACACUCAUGGCAACACACCUGCAAUGUGCCUGUCUGUGCUGCCUGUGUGUGUGCAGGUGAUGUCGGCUUUCGAGGGCGCCGGUCUGACGAAUGUGGCUGACUACUUUGAGGCCGCGGCAGAUGAGGUGCCAGACAGCCUCUGCAUCGAGUCGGUCGAGACGGGCGAGAAGCUGACCUAUCGGCAAGUGGACGAGAGAGCCAACAAAGUGGCACACUGGGCCAUCAAGGUACUCUAGACAUGCACAUGGGCAGGCACCCUGUUGGCAUGUCCGUGUCUGUGUAUGUGAUGUGUGAUGUGUGUGUAGGCAGGUGUCAAGAAGGGUGAGGUCGUCGCGCUCUUCAUGGAGAACAGGCCCGAGUUCAUCUGGAUAUGGCUGGGAUUCGCAAAGGUGCACAGGCCACAGAUGUGUGAUGUGUAUGUAUCCAUCUGCAGUUGUGGUGUGGUGUGCGUGUUCAGGCUGGCGCAACGAUAGCGCUGAUCAACACCAAUCUCGAGGGCGACCUGCUGCAACACGCCAUACAAGUCUCAAAGGUGAGGCACGACGCACAGACACACAGACGUAGCAGCCUUCAUGCCAUAUGUGUGCAUCGAUCAGGCCACGAUUGUGGUGACAUCUGACACCCUCCUGCCUGCGUGGCGGGGCAUGGUGGCCUCACACCCUCCCGAACAGUCCUGCAAGCUCUUCAUAUACGGCAAAACCAAGCCACACAACGUCCGCAAACACCCAUUCUAGCACAGACAUCCACUCAUCCUUCUCUGUGUGCAGGUGCCGUCUUCCCGUUUCUCUGAGCGGUCGCUGCCCCCCUUAUUGCGAAGGAUGAAGAAGGACAGGCCCGACAAGAAGUGUCGGGCGGGGUUCGGGCAGUAUGACCCGCACUUCUACAUCUACACCAGCGGCACCACGGGCAAGUCCAAGGCGGCCAAAUUCAACCACAAACGGUGAGCACGCAGACACACAGGCAGGCAGACCGGCAGGCAGGCAGGCGGACGCCUUAAUGUGAGUGCGUGCAGGGUGAUUGGUGCGGGCGUCACGUGGGCAAGACACAUGCAGCUGAAAAGGUCCGUCUGUGUCCGUUUGGGAACAUUCGACUCAUGGAUCCUUCUCCAUCUCUUUUGUGUGUGUUGAUACCAUGUUAGUUCGGACAAGUUUUACAUUCCCCUACCUCUUUAUCACGGCAAUGGCGGCGUGGUGGCGGUGAGCGCCUGCUGGCGGGCCAGGUGCGCCAUGGUCCUCAGAAGGAAACUCUCCGCCUCAAGAUUCCUCGACGGUAUGCACACGUGUGCAAAUGUGAUCAGCGCAGACACCCCCCUCCCUCUAACUCCCUCUCUGUGUGUGAGCAGACAUCCGUCGGUUCGGCUGCACGGCAACCAUCUAUGUGGGGGAGGUCUGGAGAUAUAUCUGUGUGCAGGUAGCGCACGCAACACACACUCAUCCUCGUAUGGCAUCCACUCAUCUGUGGUGUGUGUGUGUGUCUGUCAGCCGCCCAAGAGCAGCGACCGGUCUCACCCACUGCGCGUGGCAGCUGGCAACGGGCUCAGAUAUGAGACGUGGAAAGAGGUACGUCCGUGGACGUGUGUGUGUGUGUGUGUGUGAUAUGUGGCAUGACUGGAUGGGCAGGUGGUAGAUCGAUUCGGUGUGGAGCGUCUGGUGGAGCACUACGGCCAGACAGAAAUGCCAGCCGCACACCCAAUGUAUGUGACCGCCACGCAUUCACACACUCGGCCACUGACACACGCAUGACGUGUGUGUGCGCAGGAUCAACAGCUACGGCAAGGUGGCGUCAUGUGGGUUCAUCCCCCUCAGUGUGCGGGGCAGCCUCGGCACCGAGAAACUCAUCCAAUACGACGUCGAGAACGACUGCGCCGUCCGAGGAACAGACGGCUUCUGCCGGUACGUCCGUGUGCUGCGCGUGUUGUCUUUCCACCCAUCUCUCUUCUUCUCCGUGUGUGUGUUGUGUCAGGGAGGCUGAUCUAGCGCCCGACGGCUCGCGAACGGGGGAGGCGAUCGUCAAGCUGGAGGAACCGUACAGCGGUUACACAAGCGAUGAGGCCACUGACAAGGCAUACACACACACACAGAGAGAGAGAGAGAGAGAGCAGGGAGACAGAGAUAUGGACACCUGAUGGUGUGGUGUGAUGGCAAUGCAGGUGUUGUAUCGGGAUGUGUUUGAGAAGGGCGACACUUGGUACCACAGCGGCGACCUGCUGCGAGUCGACCGACACGGCUUUUUCUACUUCGUCGACCGGGCCGGCGACUCUUACAGAUGGAAGGGAGAAAACGUCUCCACAAACGAGGUGGGUGGGCACGUCUGUGUCUGUGUCUGUGACUGUGUAUCUUUGUGUCUGUCCAUUUCUGUGUCUGUAUGCCUGUCAUGUGUGUGCAGGUGUGUGAGGUGAUAUCUCAGUGUCCCGUGGUCAAGGAGGCCAACGUGUAUGGCGUCACCGUCCCAUCUGUCAACACACAAGACGGAUCGACCAACGUACGAACGCACUCAUGACUUGACCUCCUUCCGAAGACCCCACCCAUAGAAGAUGGGUGUGGUGUGCCCAUGUGGCCACAUGUGUGCGUGCGUGCAGCACGACACCUUUGGCAAGGUGGGGAUGGUGUCGGUGUUGCCUCGCGAGGGGGUCGAGACGGAGGCCUUCCUCUCACAGCUCAGGGAGCACGUCCACGCAAACCUGCCGUCCUACGCGCGGCCGGCGUUCGUCCGCAUCAGGCGGACCGAAAACGAAAAGACAGGUACCCGUGAGUGAGAAGGAAGAGGCGACCUCUGUCUGUGUGGAGUGUGUUUGUGUGUGUGAUCGAGUGCGUGUUGCGCAGGCACAUACAAGUUCAAGAAGUACGAUUUCGUGCAGGACGGCUUCGACCCCAAAAAGGUCACCAAGACCUCACCCUCGCACCACCAGGUGCUGCACAUGAUGUAGACAUGAGGUGUGCACCAUCCGCUUAUUGAGUGCCCCUCUCUGUGUUGUUCGCGCGCGUACCGUAAUCAGGCUGAUCUGUUGUAUUUCGAUCACCCAGAGGAGGGCCGCUAUGUGGAGCUUACGGCCGACGUCUACACGGCCAUCACAACGGGGGCCAUCCGGCUCUGAUCGACCUGAUUGAUGAAGCGCCGUUUCUCUGUGUGUAUGGCGCAAUGUAUUUGUCGGCUGGCUGCAGUGAGUGCAUUUGUCGGUCGGUGCUGUUGGUGUGGUGUAGUGGUUUCAAACAGCCAGUGUGUGCAUAGUUUGUCGACGUACUCCUGUGUAUGUGUGUGUGUUUCUGUGUGGUCUGGAGAACGAAGCGAGUGCGGUGCGAGCAACGGACAGCAGACAGCCGACAACAGGCAGCUCUCACUUACAUAACGAUAUAUGGACGCG